UCCUCCCUAGUCCCUCCUCAGUUGUAAACAGUCGCUCGUAGAUUUUCGUGCUCUUUUUCCGUUCGCAUCCUCGAUUUUUUUUAUGCUGUGUUUGUUUGUUUGUUUGUUGAGUUUCUUGUGUUCCGUCGGACGACAAGCUUGCCAGUGAGACGCCGCCGAGGGACAAAAACCAAUUCAGCCGGAGGCGAUGACGGAUUUUAUGUACCAACCUUCAAGUCCCGGAGGGCACAGCGACAGCUUCAGGCUAGGCUUGCGGGAGGGGUGUAGAAGCCCUGUGAUCGGUCGUUACACAGGCGUCGAAGACAGGCCCGGUGGCCUGGGACUUUGCGAUCUGAAGCACAGCAAAAGCGACGACCUCAUGCUUCAAAGUGCGCCGAUAAAUCCGCCCGAGAUACAACACGGUAUCAGCGAAGCUUCACUCCAGAUCCAGAGGGAAGCGUGCGUAGUAUACGAAGACGACCUGGCGCCUUCAAGCCUACCGGUGUACUUCAGCGACAGUGAAACUUUGAAGUCACCACCUCCGACGGUCAUGGAUAAACCACCUUUGAAAAUCACUGGUGAUUUCGGUUCCGAAGUCCAAUCGAAAAGGACGAGCCAGUACAUCCACGACAGAAUAGAUCCUGAGGACAGCAUCAAAGACAUUAUUUCUGAAAACGAUUUCUACAGAUUCGUAUUGUUCAAGAGGCAUUACGAAAAGUAUUUGGACAUUUCGAAAAAGUACGAGGAGGCUAGAAAUAUAGCUUAUUAUCUAGAAGAAAAGUACCACGAAAUUAAGGCGGAGAGAGAUAGUCUGGAAUGUACCAACAAGGAGCUUGAAAAGCUUCUGGAAGCCAAGGAGGCCCUGGUCGACCAAAAGGAAGACGAGCUCUUCCUCCAGUUGGAGAAAGCUAUAAGACUGGAAGAAGACUGUGAAAAGUUGAAAGCCGAGAAGGACAAAAUCGCUGAAUGGAAGGACCGGCUUGAAAGGGAAAAGAACGAAGCUUACAGACAGCUCAGACUUCAAGCUGACGAGUCGGAAGCGACAAGAAGAAGGUUGGAGAGAGCCAGGAACGACGUAGUUAAACAAGUAACGGCCAUCGUCGCUGAAAAAGACUGUUUGGAAAGAGAGAAUGCCAGACUUAAAGAUGCUUUGAGAGAUGUUGAAAUCAAAGGAAGCGGAAGAAGAUAUUUAAGAAACAUGGCCGGCCUCGAAAAAGAGGUAAGUGAUUUGAAGAUGGUGGCAAAGCAGAGUGCAACCCUAAACAGCCAGCUAAAGAAAGGUAUGAAGCACCUGGCAAGUUGCAGGCGGCGGAAGUGCUCUGUCUGUGCAUACACAAGGGCCACUUUUGGAGAUUAUCAUAACGCGAGGAGUGGAAAGCUUUUGUCUUGUUUCAACGGUGGACUCGGGGACAAGCGUUUGAAAACGUUUCAAAGGAACGAUGACGAGGACGAAGCCGGGAGCAGCAGGUCGACACCCGCGACACCAGAACUUUCGCUCAGGCUCUCUCACCUUUCUCUGUCUUCGCCGACAGGGAUGAGGGUGAACAUGUCGUACAUCGACGACGGCUCGUCCGACAGCGACUGCGAGGGGGAGGUCAGGUAUGCGCCGACUGUAGUUUCCAACGCCAGCUCCUCCGCGCCGCACGCCUUCAGCUCCGACUCCGGCUUCUCGUCCGAGAUCUGCGACCCUUCGCUCACGCCCACAAAAUCAUUCACGAGGGCUACCAAGUGGACGUCGUCUUUCCGCAAAUUGAUAAGAAGAGUCUCAAAACGCCAGCUGUCUAAUACAUCUUAAAUUCGGUGAAAUAACGGUAAACAUACAAAUUAUGUAUUUUUUAUGGAAUAUAGGAUUGAUAAUUUGAUCUUUAAAUUAUUAAUUAUAAAUGACCCAAACUCAGUCGAAAAAUUUCCAAGACAGUUAAGAACUGUAUUUUCAUUACACAAUAUUAAUCAUAGUAAAAUGAAUAGCAAUUCCAGUUACAAACUAAUUAUACAUGGAAUGCCAAUAUAAUAAAAUAGAAAGAUGUGGAAAUUUAGAAAAGUUAGAGAAAACAAUAAAGAUUUAGAAUUUAAGCCGUUUUAAGCCCACCAUUGCCUGUUCAAUUUAUUUAUUCCAAGAAUACUACCAAACAAAAAUGAACUUUAUUUUUAAAAAAAUGUCCUAGACUUUCAGUCAUUACACCAAUCCCACAAAACAUACGUUUUAAUGGUUUAUUGUCUGAAAAUGCUUUAUAAAUUUGAAAAGUCUUCACUGUUUUUUU